GCCCAAGUCGCACGGCAGCGCGGCCGCGCCCACGCUCGACAUGUACAACCCGACGCUCAACCAUCUCCAAACGAGUGCUGUCACCCACAUUGUCGCCCGCUCGAGCGGUGCCGCGCCCUACAUCAUCUUUGGCCCGCCCGGCACGGGCAAGACGGUCACGGUCAUCGAGACGAUCUUGCAACUGCUGGCGACGUCGCGUGACGCGCGGGUGCUGGCCGUGGCGCCCUCGGACGCCGCCGCGGACGUUCUCGCCACGCGGCUGCGCCUGCACUUGGGCGCGACGGACCUCUUCCGGCUCAACUGGCAUUUCCGCAGCAUGGCGUCGGUGCCGGCCGAGCUUCUCGGCGUCUGCUGCACGACGGGCGGCGACAUUUUCUCGCUGCCGCCGCUCGAGGUGCUCGCAGCGUUCCGCGUCGUUGUGACGACGACGUGUGCCUCGGGCGCUCUCUCGAUCGCGGGGCUCGCGCCAGGCCACUUUGGCGACAUCAUCAUUGACGAAGCGUGCCAGGCCACGGAAGCCGAGACGCUGGUGCCGCUGCUCUUGUACACGCCUGGUGUCCACCUCACACUUGUUGGCGACCCGCGGCAGCUGGGGCCGCAGCCGCGGUCGCCGGCGGCCAUUUCCAGUGGCUUUGCCACGUCCUGGCUCGAGCGGCUCGUGAACGACCCGACCAACGUCUACAACUGGAACGCGCAGAGAGGCAAGUUCAUUACGAUGCUGCAGCACAACUAUCGAUCCCACCCGGCGCUCCUCGAGCUUCCGUCGCGCCUCUUUUACCGCGGCGCGCUGCUCGCCUCGGGCAACAUUGCGAAAACCCAUGCGCUCACCAAGUGGGAAGGGCUCGACGGACGCGGUCACUUUCCGAUGGUGUGGCACUCGGUGCAUGGGACGCAGCACAAGGAGCUCGACGCGCACUCGUACACCAACCUGGCCGAAGCCUUCAAGAUUGUCCAACUCGUCGAAGCGCUGGUCACGUCGACGGCGGUGGUCGUGACGACGGCCGACAUUGCAGUCGUGACGCCGUUUCGCCGCCAAGUCGUCAAGAUCCGCCACAUGCUCCGCAACCGCGGCUACGGCAGCGUGAACGUCGGCACGGUGUACAACCUCCAGGGCCAAGAGGCCAAGAUCGUGCUCGUGUCUCUCGUGCGCACGCCGAGUCGUCGGAAUGCGACUAAGAUCUCGAUCCUGAGCGACGCCAAGCUCUUCAACGUGGCGGUGACGCGCGCCAAGGCGCUGCUGCUCGUCGUUGGCCACCCGGGUCUCCUCGCGAAACAGCCCUUCUGGGGCGAGCUGCUCAACCAUUGCGUCAAGAUGGGCGGGUUCCGCGCCUCGCCUGUCGGCGACGAAGUCGACCAUCGCGAAGACGACGACAAUGCCGCCGCUGUCGAGCACUAUGACGACGGCAAAGCGUGCAACGCGGCGGCCGAUGGCCCCGACUGGCGCGUCUUUCUCUAGUUUGGGGACCGAAGUGUCAU